UUAUUUUUCGUAAAAAUGAGCAAUAAGACGGCCAGAAAUUCCAGUCAAAUGACAUCGGGACUAAGUCUAGAAAUAAACUCUCCUCGAAAAAAAUCCCCGCGCUCUUCUCGGGGCACAAAGGACAAAGGUCAAGAUGGCUCAGGGUCGGACACCCAGGAGAGAGGUACAGUGGGGCCAAAGAAGGGGGUCAAACUUCCACCCAACACCCCAAGGAAGGCCUCAACUAACAGAGCCUUGUUAAAACUUCGCGGUUCAGUUCACACUCUGCAAGUUUUGUCACGGUUGAAUAAGCUUAAGGGACGUAGCAAAAACCAGGCGGGAACUCCUGAGAAAGCUGGUACCCCUUCCCAAGAUGGUGCCGAUGAGAACCAGUCUCCCACUCGGAAUGUCAUCUGGAACGAGGAGAUUGAAAAACUCCAGAUUAAGGAGGAUGUCCUUAAAACUCUUCAUGAAGCGGCCCCACCCACCGCCCCUAAAACUCCUAAAUCCACCCGCCUGACGGUCCGUAAGAUGAAGCCAGCGUCAGAGUGGGACAAACCCAAACCCAAAGUAGUAACGGUGGCUCGUCCUGCACCAGUAGAUGCUCCAGUAAAGGAGCCUGACUACUCAGGUUUUGCUGGUCCCCGCUACAAUGAUGAAGGGGCGCCAAUCCCCCACAGUCUGCUUGGCUCUUAUGAUGAGUUCAGGAAGGAGGCCAUCAAAAGGGGAGACCUGUUGGACCUGCCUGUCCCUAGUGAAGCUGACCUUGAACCUGACCGCCCAACCUUAAAAUACGAGAAAAAGAAGCGGGACAGAGGUGACAGACAGCGAAAUAAUGAGAACAACGCACUUAUAAACUGGCAGAUGAAGAUGAUGGAGAGAAAAAGACAGCAGGGAUACAUAUCUAAGCUUCUGCAGAAAAACCCAGAAGAUUUGGCAAUGAACGCUGCUGACAAUUACCGAAAGAUUGAAGAGGAACGUUACAUCAUCGACCGUGCGAUCCCCGCAAAGGAUUAUGGGAAGGGAUAUCGUGUCGGCAGCGAGUUCUGGAAACAACAGGAGAAAUUUGGUGACGACGAGACUGGAAUUCACAUGACCUUGACCAAGUCGGAACAGGGCUACCCCCGGCCCAUAGAACACAUCGGGGUGCCUAAGUCGGUCAGGAACGAGAAGGGAUGGUACUGGCCCCCCCAUCACACCACCCCUGUACACUACCCCUGGCACAAGAACCCGUACCUAGAGGAGAGGAAGGAACAGCUUAAGGAUGUCAUCACGGAACUGGACCCUCACAGACCGGACUUUGACCAGUUAGAAGUUAUCGGAACAGCGAACCCAGUAAACCGUGAACGUGUACAGUCCAACCUAGGAAUGCUGGAGGAGGAAGAGAGAUUUACAGAAGGGGGAAUGGAUUAUCUGGACCAAGAACCCCUGCAGGAAGUUGACGAGAAAGACGAGGGUAAGGAGGAGAGUGUAUUCGGUCCCUCCAUCAGUUUCGCUGGUCAGCCCGCCCGCUGGACUGGAGACAGUUACAGUUACGCGGACCAGAUCGGAAUCGAGGCUAGGGUCACAUUUGAAUCGCUGUCUGGUGACCGUGUGACCUCGUACCUAUACAUCAUCAACGACGGAACCACGUCCGUGUAUUACGACUGGAAGAAACUUCCGAAGGAGAAUCCAUUUGACCUUGUCCAUGCAAGAGUCCAGCGGUUCUACUUCAAUAACAGCAGUGGUGUGAUUUUACCUGGAGAGACCAUGAAGUUUCCAUUCGUCUUCAAGUCCCCCAACGCUGGGGUUUUCACAGAGCAGUGGAAAUUUGAGACCCGCCCCAGCCUGUGUGGGGGCGCCGCCCUGAUUGUGACCCUCAGGGGUAUCGCCCUCCAGGAAGACAAGUUUCAGCGGGAGAGGGAGGAGCUAGAGCGAGAUCUGCAACAGAAGCAAUCAGAGCAGGUGAUUCGACAGAUCAUGUAUGACAUCAUCAGCGGAAUCAAGACGCCCGACCGACCCUCCUCACCGAUCGAUGCCUACAUCACUGAUGAGGAAAUAUUCAGUAGGAACAAUCCGAAGUUACACUACAACCACGCAUUGGUGACUGAACUGAAGCAGCUGUAUCUGGAGAUCGCCCCGGAGGAGGAGCGCGAGGGACGGGUCUGGGACCUGUCCGUGGAGGAUCUCAGAGAUGAGAUCGUAGCAAUGGAUGAAGAUGAUGAGAGAAAAGAGAAUUUCCUCCACCAGUUGAACGCUGUUGUCACAAAGAUGUCCUUCUGUCCGAACAAGCCUGUUAAAAAAGACCUUUAUAAAGUGGGGUAUGAGUUAUUGCUAGAGGCUGUGGACGGUAUAGUGAGGGAGUCGUACGGAAUCCGACAAAUGAUGGGACUUCCAGAGAAAGAAAAUGACGAUCUUCCAGACGAUUUUACAUACAGGAUGUUUAAGAAAGUGACAACAAUGACUGCUGUUGUCUCGGCUUUCAGUAAAAAUGUUGUAGCCGAAUCUCGGUUAAGUAACCGACGCCAACCCUCCCGCUUAUCAAAUGCGGAGAGUGACACCAGCGAUGCUCGAAGUAAAUCAAAAGCAGAAAACAAGGGUACCAAGUCCCAGGCGGAGAAAAAGGCACCGCCUCCAAAAGAUGCCAAAGCGGCCAAAGGGAAAGAGUUGCAGGCCUCACAAGCAAAGCGCAGAGAGAGCGUAAAAUCAAGGGAGGGUUUGAAAUCGAGAGAGGCCAAACCUGACCCCAAGGCAAAGUCUACACCACCCGCCAAGAAGCCAGCCAGUAGCCGCGGUCCCUCAGUGACCCCGGGGCCACCCCCUAGUGCUGUCCCCCCGGAGAGGGAGAGGACAACCACACCCAUCAGUCCGGUACCCCCAGGGGGAACAGAGUCCCUGCCAGAGAGAGCCUACAAACAGAAACUGACCGCACAGGCUUACAUCAUAAUGGAUAACACAUUCAAGAAGAUGGGGGAGGUCUUUGAUGAAAUCUCUGCCACUGAAGACCAGGCACCAAUAGCAUUAUGACACAAACACUUGUCAGAACAAGACUCAUUUCCUCCAACUCUGUGACUUUUUUUUGGUUAACUAUCAGUGUUUAGGGUAAACUUUUUUGUUAACUCAUUUAUUUUAUUCUUUUAUUGUUAAACUUGAAUGUAAGAAGACAUGAAAAAAAAAAUUGAAUAUACUAAAUCCGAUUUUAUUUGAUAAAAGAGCUGUGUAAAGGGGAGAUAAAUUCUGAUAUUUAUACAAACAAUACAAAAAAAAAGUUUUGUUAAUCAUUAUGCUACUUCUUUGUUGUGUCAAAAAGAUUUUUGUUGAAGUCUAAGCUGCCAGUGGCUUUACAUGUAGAUAUGACCAAUCUGUGAUACUUUUAAAAAGAAAAAAAUAAAUGUAUCCGUCCAAUUAUAUAUUGUGGAAUUUUUCUUAAAUAUACAUGUGUUUAUACGUUGACCCCAUUCCAAAAAUAUAAAAAAAAAUUUUUUACUCUG